CACCACCUCGCACCUGUCCCAGUUAUUCCAUUUUACCUGGUGAUUUGGUUAUGUAUGUUCCUGCCUACGCUCCCCCACCAGACUCUAGGCAGGGCCGCAAUAGGAGCUCAUCAAUCUGUAUGCCUAGAUAAUAAACCCAGAGUCUCCCAAAGGAGGGAUCUUGCCAACUACAGGCUAAAACCCGCCCAGGCGUUCUCUUCCUAGACAUUCUGCUCACCGGAAGUCAGGGGCCGGAGAGGGCGAGGCAGUUUCCCGGAUGCAGUGGAAGGAGCCUGCGGCGCACCCGGAGGCUCCGGAUCCCGGCACGAUCCCGGCCGGCGUCUGCCCAGAAGCGCAGCGGAGCGGCUGCCCACAGCCCAGCGAACAACCUCGGGCCGGCCGGAACGCCGCUUCCGCUGGAACCUUGCUACCGAAAGGCCGGGCGCUUUUGGGCGAAGCACGCAGGAACCGGAAGUUAGUGGAGGAAGACGGGCGCGGGAGCCUACUGCUUUAACGUGGAAGAUGAACGUCCCUAGUCUCCUCUUGGCGGGAGGGAGGUGGAGAUGUUUUCCAGUUCCAUUAGGGUCCUCCUUAUUCCAGGCCCUACAUAAUUUCUGCUGUCGGAAAAAAUCCACUGCACCAAAGAAAAUUAUUCCCCAUGUUGAUUUUUCGGAUGAAAACGCAAAGGAGUCUGGAAAGGCACUUGACAAGCUCUUCUCUUCAGAACAGCAGGCUUCCAUCUUGCAUGUGUUGAAUACAGCGUCUAAGAAAGAACUUGAAGCUUUCACAUUGCUUCGUGGAAAAAAGUCCCUCAGUAUUGUAGAGCACAGAGAAAAGUUUGGGCCAUUUCAGAAUUUGGAGAGUUUAAUGAAUGUGCCCUUGUUCCAGCAUAAAACCACCAUUCAAGUUUGUAACUCCAUUCUUAAUCCAGAGACUGGAGGGAAAAAAAGGAAGUUACAGGAAAAUCGGCUCUUGAGAAAGCUCAUCAAACCAGAAAUAGGAAGAGAGAGACUUAAGGCAAUUAAUAGUAUUGUAUCCAUUGUUUCUGGUACUCGAAGAAUUGCCUGGGCUCACCUUGAUCGUAAAUUGGCAGUGCUGGACUGGCAGCAAACUGAAUACUGCCGACUGAUGAAAGGAACAUACCCAUCAUCUGUCUAUUUAGAAGAGAUUUCUUCAGUUAUUUCAAAGAUGCCUAAAGCCGACUUCUAUGUCCUGGAGAAAACAGGACCUUCAUUUCAGAACUCAUCUCUGUUUCCUAUACUAUUACAUUUUCAUAUCAUGGAAGCCAUGCUGUAUGCCUUGCUGAAUACAACUUUUACCCAGGAUGGCCAUCAUCAGGUGCUGAGCAUAAAUCGAAAUGCAGUGGGGAAGCACUUUGAACUGAUGAUUGGUGACACACGGACUAGUGGAAAAGAGGUAGUGAAGCAGCUCCUCUCAGAGUCUGUACUGAAAGAAGAGCCUCGGGUAUUCUUCCCACCAGAUAAGAUAGUCCGCUACAGACAGAUGUUUUCAUCUACUGAACAAUACAGGGUAGAAGAGUUAUAUGAUUCAUUAUUACAGGCUAUUGCCUUCUAUGAAUUGGCAGUUUUUAAUACUGAAUCUUAAAAUUCUGAGGUUAGUAUGUUACAUGUUCUUAAUAUCAUAUUAAUUUAUAUUUAUUAGGUCUGAAGUUGUAAAACCAACUGUUUCGAACAUCCGUGUUAAUGGAGAAGAAAACAUAAGUUUGAGUGUAUUUAGAUGUUUCAAGUCAGACUUUUGGCUACUGAAUGGUUUACACAAUAAUAAACCAAGGCUAAAUCAAUAAAUAUGAGAUUCUGUGCCUUUUGGGUUUAAGCAUUAAAAAAUAAGAUGUUCCCUAAACAUCCAAAACAAGAAAAAAGUUAUCUUCCUUGAAAGGCAAAUGCCAUCUAUACUAAAGGAUUUGCAUUAUUAUCAUACUGUUAAAAUAGGGAAUAAUGAAUUUUCUGGAUGGUGCUCAUCAUGGGAAUAAAGCUAAAUAUAACUGAUAACACAA